UCUUCGCUGUCGUACUGAUGCGUCACCUUUAAGCAUCAUUCGCACAUUAGGCGCUUUAUCCGUAUCGUUAGAACUUUACAAAAUAGAUGGUUUUUUUAAAAUUUUGUUUUACAGAUAAGGAGAGAUGCUAGGUAGACUUAGGACCCGAAUCCACAAUUGUCUGGAUGGAAGGCUCUUGUUUCAGGUCUGAAAGCUGGGUGGGAGAGUGGCAGUAACGACCAUACAGAAAAUACUAGGUGGUUAAAGAAGGAGCUGGAAAUGAGACAAAAGUGGUACGUGUGAAUCUCCAAAGGAAAGUGGAUGCCGCUACAGUCCAGGCACUUUCUGGGGACCCGGACAAUCAUCGGCAAGCUGCCAUUCUGAAACAAGCAGAGGUGAUAAAGGAGUACAGAGAGAUAUUCCAUCUCCUUGAUACAAACUAAGACCAGAGGGAGUGUUAUCCUUGACCUUUGAAGAUUUAAACUAUGCAGAAAUUUAAAAUGUUCUUCGGGGAAGAACGGAGCUUGACCUACACUUUUAUCAUCAUUGGUUUCCUGACAGUCCGGCUGUCCUCCAGUCAUAAUUGUCCUACCCAGAGUCUAGAAGAUGUUGUCAUUGACAUCCAGUCAUCUCUUACUAAGGGAAUCAGAGGCAAUGAGCCCAUACAUACAUUAACUCAAGAAGACUGCAUUAAUUCUUGCUGUUCAACAAAAAACAUAUCAGGGGACAAAGCAUGUAACUUGAUGAUCUUCGACACUCGAAAAACAACUAGACAACCCAACUGCUACCUGUUUUUCUGUCCCAGUGAGGAAGCCUGUCCACUGAAACCAGCAAAGGGACUUAUGAGUUACAGGAUAAUUAGAGAUUUUCAGUCAACGGACAAACCUGAUUUGCCAAGCCAAACGGUCACUCCCACACCCCCUCGUCCGACAGGUCACUCAAAGCCCGGUGAUAUCUUAUGGAGAGAUACAUUUUCUCAGAAGUCCAGGGCCUCAGAUCACUUGGAGAAACUAUUCAAGAUCGGUCCAGUGAGUACACCGUUCCCUGUUUAUAAAGAAAAAGGCCAUUUUCAGAGUUUACAGUUUUCCUCAGAACAAAAAAUAGGUCAUCUGCUGCCUGAAAAUGUGACAACAUUCCCCACUACAGCAGCUGCUGCAUCUCUACACACCGUCUCUACCACUCCAGAGCCCACGGUUCUCUUCCCCACCAGUGCUCCGGCGACUCCGUCUGUGACUUCUCAACCACAGGUGGCCACUACAGCUCUGCCUGCAGCGACAGUCACUUCUCAGCAUCCCACAGUCAUUUCUACAAUUUUGACACAUGCUGUGGCUACACCUCAAGCUAACAUGACUACAGAAUCAGUUCCAACUGCCAUCUUUCAGGCAACUACAGGCCUGCAAGGCCCACCAGAAACAGUGCCCUUUAAAGAAAUUUCCAACCUAACUCUGACCACCAAGGAAGCCCGCAACCCUGCUACAGGCCUUUUGCCAAAUGUGGAUUUUUCCCCUACGAAUAUAACUACUUCCCAGGAAAAUGGGAAGACCAGCUCAGGCGGCUCCUCCCAGCGCGGUGUUCCAGAAAGUCAACACAGCCUUCCAUCUGAAAAGUGGCUCCUCAUUGGGACCCUGCUCUUUGGUGUUCUGUUCCUCACCAUAGGCCUUGUCCUCCUGGGCAGAAUGCUCUUGGAAUCCCUCCGCAGGAAACGUUACUCGAGACUUGAUUAUUUGAUCAAUGGGAUCUAUGUUGACAUCUAAGGACAAAACUUAAUGUCUCUUAAUUCAUAUAGGUCCUGGUAGCCCAAAUGUAGUGAGUUUCUGGUAACUCACUGAUCUUAGGGUUUUUGAAGUAUUUUGAAGACAGGCAAAUGCCCCCUACCACUUUCUUUCCUUUCCUUUUUUUUUGGAAGGGGGGAAAGAAAACAAAUUAGGUAAUUUGUGUGAUCUGUCUCUAAAUUAUUAGCUGGAAACAAAGCUCUACCUAAAGUAAUAAGGUAUAAUUGCCAUAUAAACUUGGAAAAUGACAGGCUUUUUGCAAAAAAAAAAAAAAAAAAAAGUGGUUAAGACUUCUAGGCUCCAAUUUGUUAACAUUUCUAGUUCCAGAUAAAGUCCAGAUAAGUUAAUUCUAAUGGACUUACUUUCCUUUACAUAUGUAUUCCAAUGAAACUUAUUCCAGAUGUACUUCCUUCCAAUUAAAUAUUUGAAUAAAUCUUUUGUUACUCAGUAA